AUGAAGCACAAAGCGCUCGCGAGUCUCUGUCAGUUCUCGUGCCAGUUGAUGAAGAACCAGCUAGAGCAAAGGAAGAAGCUGGAGAUGUUUUGUGAGACCAUGUUGGCUUCGAAGACGGGAGAUUUUGGCGUGACGACGAUGACGCGGGACGCGAAGGCGAAAGUGAUCAAUGAGAGGUGGGGUGAGUUGAAGAAGCGGUUGGAUGUGUAUCCUGUGAAGGUUCGUCGGUUUCCCUCUCCCUGGUGUUUCUUUGAGUUUCUGUUUGGUACAGCAAUGUAG